AUGUCUUUGCCCUCACUUCGGCCAGCUCAUGCGCAGUCCACACCGGCGCAACGGUUGACUCCGCCACGAACAAGCACUUGCAGCGUCUCUUGCCGUAACGACACCACGCGAUCGACUCGACCCAGAUCUGAGAAUGACGCAGGUGAUAUGAACAUCCUUCUCGCGCAGGAAGCGGCCGAGGAUCGUCGCCGACAAGCCAGAGCUGAACAGGCCUGGCGGGAAAGCCAGCAGCACUCGUGUGAAGAAGACAAUGAGACAACCCCAUGGCUGAAGCACACUAGGUGGCCAGAGAUAUUUCGGAACAGACCCCUUGAUAUCAUCACUGCCUCUGCGAGGCAGCCCACUCGAGGUCCUUAUCAGAAUAGCGAAGAUUACUUGCUCGGACAUUGGCGAGGUGUCCCGCUCUGUAGUUCAGCGGCAGCAGAGGCACAGUUACGGCUCUUAAUGCGUGCCGUCGAUGAGGUAUUCGACCGUGCAAAGGCAACACUAACAUCCACAUCCUAUCGGUCCAGAUGCUGGCUCUCGAGCCACUGGAAAAACGAGUUUUGGCAUCGUCCGUUACGCAUACUGCCGCCGUCGACUGAACAGAAAUACAAGUCAUACUGGAAGCAGUUCAUCUGUUAUGUCUUUCGAGCGCUGGCUUGUAAACCAGUCUUGCGCCGAGAAAUUUAUAACGUAUCACUAAGUGUAGAUGAUGUGACGAUGAUGCGGCAUAUCUUGGGCCUGGUGUCGCAGCUACAGGAGGAAGUGGAGGAUGGAGAGGAAACGUCUGAAGGCGGUGCAGGAGUAUCGAGUGACGAGGACGAUGAGGACGAUCAAGAGAUGGAUGAUGAAGAAAACGAGAGCUACGGCGCGCAACACAGUGAUGCGGAAGACGAGGACAAUUCGGAUCAUGAAGAAGACUGCCAAUACGAAGGAGAAGGAAAAGAAGACGAAGACGAAGCCGAUAUGCAUGAUGUGAAUGGCACUUCAGAGCAUAUAUUUCAUCUUGCUACAGGCACUCGCCUCAAGCUUUGUGAGGCUCUAUUUCAGCUGUCUAUGAUGUUCUGGACGUACCAGUGCCAAGCCGGUGUCAUGACAUCAUCAACUCUGGUACAUUUUGUUGCAGUUAUGGGGGUGCAUCGCUCCUCUCUUGCCUUUCGUGAUGCAUACAACUCAACACCAAUGGUUGCUGCUCUGAUAUGGGUAGGUCGACUAUUUUUCCUUGAAUACAGUCUACCAUUGUACAGCUACGACACCCUCGUCUAUGCCUGGCCUGCUCGUGACGCCUACCUGUCUCAACCAACGCGCCUGGAGAAAAUCAGAGCCAAGUACAUGUUACGAGGUUGCCAUUCGCCACUUAGCGAGCUAAUCGAGCUAAAGGCGAUGGGCAGGAGUAUUGUUAAGCGUGAAGGGGUACCAGGUAACCUUACAUGGGCUCCAGAUGGCCACUCAUUCACAAUCGGCAACGCCAAGGUGGUGCGGCUGGUUGAAUUUUGUACCACGUAUCAGGCCGCCAUCAGUAACGUACAAGAGAGAGUGGCGGAGAUGAUGUUGGGGUGGGAGCCUACAGUGGAACUAUCACAGGUUCAGGACGAUUUGACGUGUCGACUCCCGGGAUGGUGCUUUCUCGAUAAGACCGAUAACAAUCUAAGAAACGUGUACAAAGCAAUGGCACGUCGUGCAUGGUCAUCGACUUUUCGUGGCCAGGCGCUUGCCAAAGCCGGCCACUGGUUACCAGGACCGUGUUUGGCGUACCUAAAAGCGGGCACAGAACUGGGAACGAUGGCAUUUACUGGUAUUCAUAUGACACCAACAUUGCCCAACCGGGGUACAGAGACAACAAGUAUACGAUUACGCAAUACCAAGCUCGCAAAAAGAAACGUCUUCAUCCGCGAGGGACAGCUUCUCGUAAUCGUCAGCUAUAACAAAUCUCGUGCCUCGAAUAAUCACGCAUUCUAUAUCGUACGCUACCUGCGUGAAGACCUUGGCUCUGCCAUAUUUCUGUACAUUGCCUAUAUACAGUCAUUUAUUGACUUUUUAGCAAAUCAGCUACAGCUGCCACAAUAUCAUAGCAACGAGUUCCUCUUCCCAGACCCAAAACACAAGGCAAAGCAUAUGAACUCUAUGCAGGCGACAGAGGCCCUUCGAUCCCUAACCCGACACCUACAGACGCCAUGGACAUUAUCUUUAUAUCGACAAGCUGCAAUCGCUAUUGCCAAGAGAUACAUAAGUGAACUUAUCAAAGAAAGAAACUUUUAUUACCCAUCCGAAGCGAGUACACCAAUUCGGAUGAUUGCCGCAGGCAUUGGUCACCACCCUCGAAUGCUGCUCACGUCAUAUGCCAUUGACAGAGCUUUGCCGCCACGACUACAACCAGAGCUUCUUGAGAUGUACCGCCAGUUGUCAACGCUCUGGCAAAGCUGGAACCAGAAAUACUACGAAGAGCACUGCUCAGACCGGCAAAAUACAAUAGUUGAGCGAGAGCAAAACUUAACAGCUGAUACAAAUGGGCUAACUGCUCGGCGGGAGAAUAAGAGAGCAGGAAGCCCUCAACACGAGAGAGAAAACCGAAAGAGACAAAAAGUGAGCGUUGGAGAUAGUACUGACCUUCUCGGUUGUUCUUCUUCUAAUGUCAGCACGACUGAAACAUUUGAUGGAUUCGUCUACAAUGCAGAGUACCAGAUCCUUAUCUGUGUGUCUUGCGAGUCUGUCGUUAGUCCAGGAAGGCAGUCUCUCUACGGCCAUUUAAACCGUCAUCGGAUCCUAGGUCCUCUUUGUAAGGCAUAUAUCGAGCGGUUUAGCAGUCUUCAGCUUACGUCAUUAAAGGAGCUUCCCCGGCCGCAGCAGAUGAUUCCUGCUAUCCCUCAUCUCCGAGUUUACAAAGCAUUCCGAUGCAAUAUUUGCUAUUACUAUACGACUCGAUGGGCCCUGAGCCUUGAUCACAUGUCAACACAUAAACUUGGAAUUUCUCCAAUGCAGGCCUGGAAAAUGGGGAAGAUAAGAAAUUGCUACGUGCAGACAUUCUCGUCUGCGAGAGGGCGAAUAGGAUACUUCGAAGUCGAGGCCCCACAAUCUUCGAUUUAG